AGAGAGAAUGUGAGGCACGGAGAGCGUAUGUGAGUGUCUGUGAGAAAGCAGAAACAGCACAGAGUGGAAUACUGCUCAGUAACUGACGGCUGAAGUGGGAACUUCCUAAUAAUCAGGGGACCUGGAGAACCUGUCACUUGUCAAAUAGGAAAGAAAACAAUGUAGGCUCUGAUGAGGCUGGAUUAAAGGGCUGAAGGAAUAAGGAAGAAAAAGAGGAAAAAUUGAAGAAAAGUAGAGGAAUGUUUUUAGGGUGACUGUUUUUCCCAAACUAGGAUUUUCCAUCCAUCACAUCUGGCAAAACUCGUCUCCCUCCCAGCUCAGAGGACGGACCUGGAUGAAAGUGUGUGUGUGUGUGUGUAUAUGUGUGUGAAUGCGUGUGUGUGUGUGUGACUGAGAAAGAGAGAGAUAGUGUGUGUGACACCUGUCGUCACUCAUCAGGCUUCUGAAUCAUUUCCAUAGCACUCACACACACAGCUGUAAACCCUAGCAGGAGCAGCAUAGACACCUGAGGAUUAUCUGACACACACACACAUCUCAUGUCUAAUCUUCUCCAUCGCUAAGAUGACGUAAGGAUUUAACCGAGCAAUCGGUGCCAUCUGACAGUGUGGAUACCUUUCUCACCAAACUGGCGUGCUAGAGUUGAGCACAUUCUAAUGAUUCUACUUUCCUGAAUCCAAAUGGAUUCAACCUCUGAUCAACAGGUGAUAAUGUGAAAGUCAUAGACCGCUAUUGUUCUGUGGCGUUUUUUGACACGUUGCUCUGAGCACGAUGAUGGAGACCAUAUGGAGACUUUUAAGGACCCAACACAUCCCUAUUGCUCCUCUCUUGUAAGAGACCUGUAGGAGUAAGUGUGUUGUUAUAAGUAAAGUGCUGGAGGUGUAUGGGAACUGACAUAAUGAACCUGCACGGGAACGGAUCAGAGUUGAUCUCGUCUGCUGUCCAAGCUGUAACUAUUCCGCCCUUUAACCCUGAACCUUGGCUUCCCGGGUCAGAGGGACUUCUGGGAAAUGGAGGCAGGAAUUUUUCAAACGUGUGUAACAGGAAUGAAGAUGCCGAUGUGAAUUACUUUCCGUCAGGCAACUGGACUCAUGGUGUCAGGGGUUACAGUGAAGAAGGGAGAAUCCUGGCAUCAUCGCUGUGUGCAACGGGGAUGACGGCAGUGGACAAGAACUGGGCAGCGUUGCUGAUCCUGGCGGUCAUUGCCGUUACAGUGACGGGUAACAUCCUGGUUAUCAUGGCUGUGUCUCUGGAGAAGAAGCUCCAGAAUGCCACCAACUAUUUCCUGAUGUCGCUGGCCGUUGCUGACAUGCUUCUGGGCAUCCUGGUCAUGCCCGUCUCCAUGGUCACCAUUCUCUAUGACUACUGGUGGCCCCUGCCCUCUGACCUGUGCCCUGUCUGGAUCUAUCUGGAUGUGCUGUUCUCCACAGCCUCCAUUAUGCACCUGUGUGCCAUCUCUCUGGACCGCUACAUCGCCAUCAGAAACCCCCUCCACCACAGCCGCUUCAACUCCCGAACCAAGGCCCGCCUCAAGAUCAUGGCUGUCUGGACCAUCUCUGUGGGUAUCUCCAUGCCCAUCCCCGUCCUAGGCCUGCGGGACCACACCAAGGUGUUUAAAAAGGGCAGCUGCCUGUUGACAGACGACAGUUUCGUCCUGGUGGGCUCCUUCGUGGCCUUCUUCAUCCCCCUCACCAUCAUGGUGGUCACCUACUUCCUCACCAUCAGCGCCCUGCAGAACGAGGCUACCCUCUGCCUGGACCAGCUGGUGCCCCGGCCGAAGAGGAUCGCCACCCUGACCCUGGGCUUCCUCCCGCAGGGCUCACUCUCCUCAGAGAAGCUCUUCUUCAGGCGUUCGCUCAGCCGUGACACGGGAGGGGUAGGAGGAGGGGUCGGUGUGGACCCACGGUACGGGCGUCGCACCAUGCAGUCAAUCAGCAACGAGCAGAAGGCCUCCAAGGUCCUGGGAAUGGUCUUCUUCCUGUUCGUGGUCAUGUGGUGUCCCUUCUUCAUCACCAAUGUGUUGGCGGUGGUGUGCGACCCUGUGAACUGUGAUCCGGGGGUGAUGGGGGGGCUGCUGAAUGUGUUUGUGUGGGUGGGAUACCUCUCCUCAGCCAUCAACCCUCUGGUGUACACUUUGUUCAACAAGACGUACCGUGCAGCCUUCUCCCGCUACGUACGCUGCCAGUACAGCCCGGAGAGGAAGCCUCUGCAGCUCAUACUGGUUAACACCAUCCCUCCGCUGGCCUACAACUCCACCCACCUGCCCCUGGAGGAAAUGGGGUCCCUCAGGAAUGGGGUCCACAGCAGUGGAGGACCCAGGGACUCCCUACGAAACCUUGUGAGGACCAAAUCAAACUCACACAAACACAAGGCAACCAGGGACAAAGAUGAGAGCAUCAGCUGUGUGUGAGGCUGUGAGCCUGUAAGGACUCAAUCUCCCAUAAUCCUAGUGGAAUGUGCUGGGUUUUUAUUAGAUUUCCCAUCUCCAUCUUGUUUUGGUAGGGAAACACUUGGAACGGGGGUUCCUGUGCUGGAGCAUGCUCAGUAGUUCCAGGGUGAGACUCAUGCUGCCAGGAAACAGGGAAAUAGGAAACAGGAAGAACAGAGAGAGGAAAGACAAUACCUGCCUCACAAAAACUUAAACUAGUAACACUAGAAGAGAACAACUGAGCUAAUACUAUAUUAUCAGCAACAGCCAGUCCCCCCCCCAAAACAACCAUACACCACAUACAAAAUCUAUAUUUGUGUAUACUUUGUGCACAUACGUAAAUAAAUACCUGUAUGUUCUGUUUUUGUUGUCAUUAACCAAAGAGAAAAACCUAUCUUGUGAUCUUGUGUUUUCCUUGACGCAGUAUUAAAAUGCAGAAAUGUGUAAUGGUGGGAUGUAGGCUAAAUGAAGAUAUGUUGAGGGAUUCCUAGGCAUAGAUCAAUGGACUAAACAACCUUACUUUUAAAGGCAUGGGACUCAUUUGAACUAAGUGUUGUUGUACCUACAGUAUGAUUGAUGUGAUCCGUUGUUAUAACCCCUCCCUCUUAUUCAUGGUGAACCCACCAUCUCGACUUUACUACGAGGUCCUCUGAUCUCAACCCUACUCAAGCGUUGAACUGAUGUUUAAAAAAUAUAUAUAUUAAAAAAAUAUCUUCAAUAAAAUGUUGAUGUUGCCUGGGUAAUCACGUCUAACUCCAGUGGAAAGAGUUGUGUUAUUUGACAGAGCCAACGUACAAUAUUAUUUUUGACACAAAUUAAAUUAUUUCUGUUUCCGAUCAAAGUAAAAAUAGAAAUUGAA